GGAGCUGCAAAGGUCUGCACACACGAAAAACGUGCAAGAAGGGAGAAGAAGCAGAGUGCCUUAUUCUUCUUGAAAGACGAUUACGCGUUGCAGCUGAGCAUUAAUUUGUAUAUUUCUCAAAAUAGUAUUUUGAGGCUAGUCGUGCUUCCUCUGUCACAAGCACUCUCGUGCACCCACACACGCACGCACAUAAAAUGUGGUUCUUAGCCCUCGUUGUGCUGCUGCUGCUCUUAUGCGCGUUCCUACUUUCGCUAUGGCUCAGUGUAUGGCACCACCAACCCGUGGCGCUCUGUGCACCGCACCGUCGUCCCAUGAAAAUCGGCGUCGUUUUGGGCUCCGGCGGACACACAAGUGAGAUGCUGCGCGCCAUCAGCGAACUACCGUCUGCCUUCUGGCACGACAACCGACCGUUUUAUGUCGUGAGUGCGACCGACGCCCACUCCGGCGAUCUUGCACAGCAGCAGGAGCAGAAGCUCUUCAAGCGUCGCGCCAUCGUCUACAAAAUUCCACGCGCACGUGAAGUGGGUCAGAGCUACAUCACCUCUGUUGCCUCGACUCUGGAGGCGGCCGCUGCCUCGUUACGUGUGAUCUUUGCGGAGCGGCCCGAUGUGUUGCUGACAAACGGCCCUGGCGUGUGCAUCCCCGUGAUUGCGGCCGCCCUGUGCGUCGCCGCGUGCCUGCCGUGGUGGUACAAGCGGCCUGCGAUCGUGUACAUGGAGUCCUUUACUUGCGUGGCCCACCUUUCGCUGACGGGGCGGUUGCUGGCGCCGUUUGUGGCAGACGUCUUCACGGUGCACUGGCGAUCGCUGGAGAAGGCGGUGCAGCAGUGCCGUCGUCGUGGCACGCUGGUGUACAUCGGCUGCGAGGAAGCCGAUGAAACGCAAGGCGUCAGCAGCGGCACGACUACCACAACGGCUGCUGCCUUCGCUUCGGAUCGCUUUCCACCCCCUCUGCCGUCCGAACAGGAGCCCUACGCGCUGGUCACCGUGGGUUCUACAAGGUUCACUGCCCUCGUCGAAACGAUGGUGCAGCCCACGCUCUGCGCGGCUCUGAAGAAGCAUUUUCGCUUAUCGACGCUGUACGUUCAGUAUGGCACGGCGGCGCUGUCCAUGCCGGCUGGUGCGACGGCGAUGCGGGCAACGCUGCAGGACGGCGAAGCUCCAUUGUCGUCACCGGUGCAGCAGUGGAUCUGCGGUGGCCUUCGUGUGGAAGCCUUUCCCUACCGGCCCCACCUCGACGCGUUAAUUCGCACGGCAACCCUCGUCGUUACCCACGCAGGUGCCGGCACCAUCUUGGAAGGCCUGCAGGCGUGCCGGCCGCUCGUUGUCGUGCCAAAUCGGCAGCUCAUGUCGGACCAUCAGCUGGAGCUGGCCGACGGUCUCGCGGCCGGUCGCUUUCUUUUUUCUUUGCCAGUGACGCAACUGGCGGAGCAGCUACCGACGCUGGACGUGUCCGUGCUGCGGCGGCACCGAGGGAUGGACGUCGAGCAGCUGCGGACGAGUUUGCGGCUCGUGUUGGCCGGUCAUGCAGAUGCAUCGGGGAACAGCAAAGCGGACUGA